AAAUAACAAACAAUUAUCACAGUAGAGAGAGAGAGAAAGAGAGUGCUUAGGUGGGCAAAGCAUUCAACAAAAAAUCAAUCCACACUCAACUCCCCCGCUAAUCUCAGCCGUCCAUCGUUGUCGUAUUUAGACAGCGGUUAUUAAAACCUCCCUAACACAAAUCAAGCCUCCCUAAUCCAACGGUCCUAGUCCGACCACCGGGGAAGAGAGAGAACAAAGAGAGAGAGAGAGAGAGAGAGAGGGGGGGGGGGGGGGGAGAGAGGAAACAGAAGACGGGACAGACAGCGAGCGAGCUCUGAACGAUAUCUCUGAACAUUUCGAGCCCUAAAUUUCUACGAAACGCUUCGAUUCUCAACCGGCGGGUUUGGAGCAGCGCACGGCGUCGUUCUGGGAGCUAGGGCUUCGGUUGAGGCGGCCAUGGGGUUGGAUGGUGCUGGCGAUGGUGCUGGCGAUCUUCUCGACGACGGCGAUGGCGGGGGAGGGGACAAGGCCUUUGCUGCGUCGACCGUCUCGUGCUCGAUUUGCCUUGAGUCGGUCACGGAUAAUGGGGACAGAUCUUGGGCGAAGCUUCAAUGUGGUCAUCAAUUUCAUCUCGAUUGCAUUGGUUCAGCAUUCAAUAUAAAGGGAACAAUGCAAUGCCCCAAUUGUCGAAAAAUUGAGCGGGGUAGAUGGCUUUAUGCAAAUAGUUGUCGUCCAUUCUCUGAGUUUAGCUUGGAUGAUUGGGCUCACGAUGAAGAUCUUUAUGAUCUAAGCUACUCUGAAAUGUCCUUUGGAGUACACUGGUGUCCAUUUAGUGGAUUAACGCGUCUUCCGCCAUCUUUUGAUGAAGGAGAAUUUUCAUCAACUGCAUAUCAUGAUCUACUUGGACAACAUGCUGUGUUUGCUGAACAUACAGCCGUGUCAUCUGCUACGCAUCCAUGCCCAUAUAUUGCUUACUUUGGGCCAAUCCAUCCCUCCUCUUCAAACUCCAGUGGAAGUGUUCCUGAUGGUUCCAAUUUCAAUAAUCACUGGAAUGGCCCAUCCGUACCUAGCGACAUGCCAGCCUCAUAUGCUUUUCCCACCAUGGAUCUUCACUAUCACAACUGGGAGCAUCAUUCCUCUCCCUUCUCUACGACCAGUGGUGGGCGAAUUGGUGGAGCUGAUCAGCCUUCAAUUCCUUCUGUUACACGGUUGGCUAGGGCCAAUUCUGAUGUUCCAAGAUCUGGGACUUUUGUCCAUCCGUUCCUUGUUGGUCACAGCUCUGGUGCUAGAGCUGGAAGCUCAGUUGCAGCCUCUGUUAUUCCUCCUUACCCAGGCAGCAAUGCUCGGGCCAGGGACAGAGUCCAGGCUCUCCAGGCAUACUAUCAACAACAGCAGCAACCCAGCAAUACGCCAGCCAUGCGUGCCCCAAUCAUCUCUGGCACCCGGAGACCCAACAGUCACAGGGGUGUGGCCCCAGUCGGGCCAGUGGCCUCCUCCUCAGACCAGACAGGUGGUUUCUACUACUUCCCCUCAGGUGCAUCUGGUCGGAACUUCCAAGCAGAAGAAAAUCCUCUGCCAACUCGGUUUCACGGGUGGGAUAGGGAUCACAUGACCUCGUUCCCAUUGAACCAGAUCGACAGAGAAUUAGGUUGGGGAUCAUUCCAUCAGGCUUCCAGCGGCAGCGGGUCUGACAGGUCCAGCAGUUUCCGCCAGAGGCAUGGAUCUGAGAGGCCAUCACAAAAUCGGUCAUAGACUCUUUUUUAAUGCUUUUGUGGUGAAAAGCAACAAAACACUUUCAUUACUAUGACUGAACUGAAACCAGGAAAAAUAUGUAUGACGUUUGAGAAAAAAAAACUGGUAUGUAAUGCCUGGAGUCUGUUGUCCCAGAAAGACUCCAUUAAUGUGUCUGAGUGGCCCCAAAAAUGAGAUUUUUGGAUGCCACCAGGCUGUGUGAUGGACUUUUGGCUCGGUUUCUUUGCCCCCGAGGAUAUGAAAAAAAAAUAACUGGUACACUUUGCAUGGCAAAAACAUUGAGAGAGAGAGAGAGCAACCGAACAAAUUUACUUCUACUUGUGCUCUCCCAAUUACGGUUACACAGAAGAGGUGGCGUUGAAGCCUGAACCAGAAGCUUUUGCAAGGAAAUGCUAUGAGAUGUCAUCAGGUAAGAGACUUGGAAUUUGCCUUGUUUGGAAAGUAGCCAUUUAACCUCAAUGUUGUUGGGGAAGGUGAGGGGUCCCAGGCGGCCUUGUUCCUUGAAAAAAGUAACAUUUGCCUUGUGGAAUAUAGUUAGAUUUGAAGGCUUGUUUUUA